UGUAACUGAAGGGGUCACGGCAGUUGUGUGGGAUUUUUCCCUCUGGCCCCUUCAGAGACCCCCGAUACUCUGCUGGGAGGACAUUUUCCCAUCUGCUCCACAGACGGACCGAUUCCAAAGCAUGAUCCCAUUCCCGUUCCCAGCUCCCCUUUUCGCACAAACUGAUUUCUGGAAUUCGAGUCCAGAAAUACUAAAUGAGAUGUUCUCCUAGGUUUAGUCCCCAGGCUGUCUCAAGACCCCUGAUCUGGCUUGUCUUCGUCCUCGGAUCCUCCCAUGGCCAUGUCAUCCCCUCCGGCCCCGCCAGCUAAAAAGCGGAAGAUGAACUUCUCGGAACGGGAAGUGGAGAUCAUCGUGGAGGAGCUCGAGCAGAGCAAGCACCUGCUGAUCAACCAUUUCAACGCCGGCGUGCCGCUGACUGUCAAGGCCGCCGCUUGGCACAACAUCUUGCGACGGGUGAACGCUGUGGCGACGUGCCGCCGGGAGCUGCCCGAAGUGAAGAAAAAGUGGUCAGACCUCAAGACGGAGGUACGGCGCAAGGUGGCACAAGUAAGAGCCACGGUAGAGGGUGGUGGCGAAGGCCAGGAUGGAGGUGGAGAGGGCCAGGAGGCUGAAGAAGACCCCACGGGGGCUUCCGCUGCCCCGGUGAUACUCACCCCCAUGCAGCAACGCAUCUGUAACCUGCUGGGAGAAGCCACCAUCAUCAGCUUGCCCGCUGGAGGCUGUCCUGGGGCCCAUACGUCGGAAAUACCCAUUACAGCUGCAGCCACCACAGUCACCCUUACGCAGAUUCCAGCAGAGAUGACGUACCACAGUUUGGACGAGGGGGUCGUGGAGUACUGUACAACCGAAGCCCCCACCACAGUCACCACCGAAGCCCCCUUAGAGGUGAUAGCCCAGCAGGCUGAAGUUUCAGCAAAACCCCAAGAACUGAAAAACCGGAUUGCUCUGAACUCGGCCAAGCUGCUGCAGGAGCAGCGGGUAACCAACCUGCACGUGAAAGAAAUCGCCCAGCACCUCGAGCAGCAGAACGACCUGUUGCAGAAGAUCCGCCGCUCCCAGGAAGUGCAGGCCUGCGCGCAGGAACGCCAGGCCCAAGCCAUGGAAGGAACGCAGGCCGCUCUGAACACUCUCAUCCAGAUCCUGCACCCCGUGAUUAAGGACUUCCGACGGUUUUUGCAGAGCAACACCCCUGCGCCUUCAGGGACAGCAGACCCAAGCCAAGCGACUCAGAACGGACAGGACGGCAUCAUGCAAUGAAAUGUGGAAAGAGAGACGUCUUCUAAACACAGGCUUGGCCCAGGAAGGGGCGACGGGUGCCCUGUUUCUUGCCAGCCAACUGGUUCAAUGCCUUUGUUUAGAAGCCGAAAGCACACUUUGGAUUACUGCCAGCCUCCCUCACAUCCUUCUUUUUUAAUUGUUUAACUCUGCGCGGUUUCUUGGACGGACUUUGCUAGGUGUACACCAUAACUUAAUGUUGGAUUUUAAAGAAAAAGAUUGACGAAUAGAUUUUUAUAUAAACAGA